GCACAGGUAUCGGGUAGGGCGAGAGUGGGGAUUGAGCAGGGAAGCCGGAAGGGGCGAGGACCUGAAGGCCGAAACUUACUAGUGCUAUACAGGAAGGCCACGGGGAAUUGGGGCGGCGGUGACGCCUAGUUCUGGAAGGGGCGGAGUCACGAGAAAGGAAGGAGAAGCCGAGGGAGGAGCACUGGGGGCAGGGUACUAUGAUGGACAUCGGGCGUACGGUAGAGAGUGUGGAUAGUCUGGGAUGUGCUGGGUUCGUGGCUGCUCUCCUGGUGGAGUCGGAGUCUGGCGAGCUUGCGUGCUGGGGGCGUGAUCUGGCUGAGCAUGUGAUGGUACCUGGGCCUGCCCGAUGGCGGAGUGGCAGGUGGCAGAGGCGGCCGCCCUGGUGCGCGCACUUCCAGGAUGGUCGGUCGCGAGUACCCUGGUGGUGCCCAGCGCAGCGCCUGGCAGCAGGCUGGUGUUCGGCAAGGGCAACUUUCAGGACGUGACAGAAAAGAUCAAGGGAUGCCAGGACAUCACGUCCGUGUUCCUGAACGUGGAGAGGAUGGCGCCACCGACCAAGAAGGAGCUGGAGUCCGCUUGGGGUUUGCGUGUGUUCGACAGAUUCACCCUAGUUCUGCAUAUCUUCCGUUGUAACGCACGCACGAGGGAGGCCCGGAUGCAGCUGGCGCUGGCAGAGAUCCCGCUCCUCAGGUCCUCUGUGAAUACCGACUCUGGGCAGCAAGACCAGCAAGGCUGGGGCUCCCGGUACAUCAUGGGGUCAGGAGAGUCACCCACGGAGCUGCGGGCCCGCGCACUCAGGGACCGGGAGCUGCGGCUCCGUCGUGUCCUUGAGCGGCUUCGGGAUAAGCGGAGGCUGAUGCGGAAGGAGCGGGUGCGGCGAGAGUUCCCUGUGGUGUCAGUGGUGGGAUACACCAACUGUGGGAAGACCACACUCAUCCAGGCUCUGACGGGUGAGGCUGCUUUGCAGCCGCGGGACCAACCGUUUGCUACUCUUGAUGUCACCGUACACGCGGGGUUGCUCCCCUCACGCCUGCGCAUCUUGUACGUGGACACUAUUGGCUUCCUGUCCCAGCUGCCGCACAGCCUGAUCCAUGCGUUCUCUGCCACACUGGAGGACGUGGCUUACUCGGAUGUCCUGGUGCACGUGACUGAUGUGAGCCACCCUGAUGCAGAGCUGCAGAAGGCCACUGUCCUGUCCACAUUGCGGGGCCUGCAUCUGCCUCCCGCACUGUUGGAGUCAGCGUUGGAGGUUCACAGCAAGGUGGACCUGGUGCCGGGGUACACUCCACCAUGCUCUGGAGCCCUGGCCGUGUCUGCAAUCUCAGGGCGUGGGCUAGACGAGCUGAAGGCCGCACUGGAGGCGUCAGUGCUGCGUGCCACAGGCAGGCAGGUCCUCACGCUAUGUGUGCGCCUUGGGGGACCCCAACUUGGCUGGCUCUAUAAGGAGGCGGUGGUGCAGCAGGUGCAGGAGCUGCCAGAGGGUGAUGCGGCCCACGUGACCGUCGUCAUCACCCAGGCUGCCUAUGGCCGGUUCAGGAAACUGUUCCCCAUUGACGCCCCUUCUGCCCUCCCACAUUGACUGACAGUAACUUAUUAAAGCAGGAUAUGUCCUGUGUCUCCCUCA